AUGAACCUCCAAUGCCAGAACCUGCUCAUGUCGAUAAUGGUUGUGCUAUUGAGGAUGGGUCCCGACUUGUUAGCAUUGGCACAUUGUUGUUCAAUCUCCACUACACCGACUGGUUCUAUCAUAGCAGCCAUCUGCUGGGAUGAAUGUCUGAUGUGGAGAGGUUGUGCUGUUCAGGAAGGGGGUGAUCCAAACAUGGAGCUCAGUGAAAUUGGUGUCGUGACAUCAUCUGCUAGCCCUUCAAAUCCAACGAUGAAAUACGUGCUAGAGGUGCCCUCGUCUAGUUGUGACUUUUCCAACUUGACCAACAUGUACAACGAUGGUAUUUUGGGGGUUCUUGGGGACAGAACCAAUUCAGCAAUGUUCACUCGUUGCAGAUCCAUCAUCAAAAUCUCCAUGGGAACAGCCACCACAGGCAGACGAAUGAGCCACAUGAAUACACGUAUCGUGGAAGCAUCACAGGAGGCCAAGCAACACCCACCUGGCAAGCUAUUUGAUUGGGUUCCAACAGAACAUUCAUUAAGCAUGUCGGCCGGAGGGAUGGUUACACUAACCUGGACAGAGACGUCAUGGGAACAUUUUGACAGGACAGAGGGCGGAGAUGCAGGGACAGAGAAAGUGGAGCAACGACGCAUCAAUGUGGUUUGGACCAAAAAGGGAAAUCUACCAGUUACUGUUGAUGAGUCAUGCCAAAGAUGGGCCGACAAUGUCAUGCCCAUCUCCUUCUCCACAACAAGAACUCCUGUACAUGAGAGUGUCAGCGAUGAGAUGGACCCCAUGGGAGUUGCAAUCCAGGCGCUGGUCCAGGCCAAUCACGAUCUCGUACUCCAUUUGCAUCAGCUCGAGUCUUCUCACAAUGAUCUCCAGAAACGUGCCAGCAUCACAGAGGCAGCACAUCAACAAUUGGUUCAUCCCGCGCUGAUGUGCUUGGUAACGGGCAGCAUACAAAUGAAACAAGCAUCUAGAUCAUCAAUCUAG